CUCAAAGUGAAUCCAGAAAGGCUCCACAUCUAUCCGAUCCAUAUGCCUGAUCUCGGUGUCUAUGGUGCACAGAGAUGCCACUGCUCAUGUAGAGGUGUUUUGACUACAACUGUACCAAAGUACGGGAGAUGGAAGUACCACAAAGAAAGGUUUUUAGUAACGGUAGGACCAAGCACAAUCUCCAUUUACAUGUAUGUUCUCUCUAGGCUGAAUACAUGUAUUCAUUGUUUACGUUAGAAGACAGCAAAGAGAGACACACACAAUGUUACUUUCGAGUUGCAUAUAAAACAUUUAAAGAUUUAAUUACUAUCAAAAGUUGACUUUGGCCAAAAUAUUUCCUUAUGAGAUGGGAUCUGAUAGGCAUUCUUCAAGGACUCUUAGUUAAAUACACUAACAUCCAUAACAACAUGUAAAAUAGACAUUGUUACUCCGUCAACUUUAAAGUAUUUCUAUGAGUUAUGAACUUCUGUGCUGUAAAAGCAUCAGAGCACAUACUGGACAAAUGACAAACGAAGCUGUACACAACAAACAGCUACUGACCUAUUACUUUUUAACCAAGUUUUAUUCUCAUGUCUUCAGUAUUUUUAUGACUUAAUUUAACUGACACCAUGGACAGCAAUAUUGAUAUGGCUUAUCCUGUUGAUAUAAAGUGAAAUUACUGAUAUUGAAGCAAACUGUUAUCCCCCCGCGCUAACCAGUAAAUUGAAGUACAUCCCCACCAAUGUUACAGAGUACAACUUCAAAUAAAUAAAUAAAAAAGGCUUUUGACAAUAGAUUGACAUUCAAAAUGUGAAAAUAAUCACCUUUUAUUCCUCAGUAUUUUGCGCUAAUGCAGAUCAUGAUAACUAACUAAAAGCAUGAAAUUAUAGCAUUGUCUAUUGUUAUGACAUGCUGUGUCAGUGAUGGUAAAUGUUAAUAAUGGAACCUUAAAAUGAGCUACAGAGCUACUAACCCUAACCCAUCAUAUCAGACAGAGGAGUAAAGUCAAAGCAUAUUUGAGUCUUUUUAUGGAACUGAUUGAUAAUAAAGCAGGGUUCCAGUUUUAGUCACUAAGCAUCAUAUUCCAUUGAACUCACUGUCAAGUCCUGCCACAUUUGUGUGUACCAGAUUGUAACAGCUCAACUCUCUAUCAACAUCUCAAAAUGAUGCCUGGAUAAAGGUCAUCAUACAGAAAGUCACACCCUUCCUGUCGGCACAUGAAACUGGUUACAUCACCUUGGGAGUCUUGCGUGAAUUGCCCCGAGACUGUUCAGUGGAUCUGAAAGUAAAAUUAACUUAGUAUUUGUAUUAUAAAACACUAUGGCCUAACACACCUUGAUAUAGUCUCUCCUGCGAGACCUAAAGCAGCUGGACUACAGACAAGUGAAGGAGAGACAUCUUCUACUAAUUUUGCAGAUUAAUGGAAAAAUACAAUACAUUCAAAAAGCGAUCUCAUUUGCAUAUCUGCAGAAAAAGACCAGAUAUUGAAUCAGAUAAAGCAAUGCACAAUAGGCUACAUAAAAAUACCUCAGAAUAGAGGCGCUCAGAACAAUAACAAGCUGUUAAACACUCUACAUAACAACUACAUAUCAAUCUCAGGGAAUAAGUCACAAAUAGCGGUGGUUACCCUCAAAUCGGAUGGGAGCAGGGGCAUAUGCCCCCAAACAGCUGUGACAACUGUCAGCUGCCUCAAAUCGCUGCAACUGCCUUUGAAAAUCUACGAGCUGCCGCUGCCACGAUUUGAGCUUCCUGUCUCUCCGGGAAUGUGGACUAGCGACAGUGGACUUUUUCAAACAAAAUUGUAUUAACCAAUGAUGCAGGAAAGGUCACAUAAACGGUUACCAGAAACAGCCAGGAACUCGGAUACUUAUUUUUAUUAUAUGUAAUAUGUAAACAUUAUUAUAAUAUGAUAUAUAAAAUUAUUUCUUUAGGGUAAGGGUCCUAUACAUUAGCAAUUUAACUUGCAAUGGAGUAUUUUUACUUUACAGUCUUGGUACUUUUACCUAUUAUUGAGUAUUUCUACUUCACUGUCUUAGUACUUUUACUAAUAAUAGAAUAUGACUUUACUGUCUCUGUACUUUUACUUCAGUGAAGGAUCCGAAUUCUUCUUCCACCACUGGGCAAGUUUAUUUGGUUGAUUACACUUUAGUACUUGUUUAACAAGUACUUGUAACAGAGUAUUUCAACUGUGUAGUAUUGGUACGUUCGUUUCCUCUUCGUCCUCUAAUCCAGCAGGGGUCGCUUCUGGCUCGGAGUUCGGAGUUCGGAGUCUGUGUUUUCCUCCCGCUGGCUCCCUUAUUUCGCUCCGAGACACAAAGUGCUUAUAAAAGAAGAAACAUGUCCGCCGUGCAGCUGCUGCGGGUGUCGGUACAUGAGCGGAUCAGCGCUGCCGCUGAAGACUUUCUGCUGCAGGUGGAGAAAGGAGGAGGAAAGGAUCAAGUCCCUUCGCUGAUAGCGAUGCUCACCGAGCGGCUAAUGGCGGCAGCAGAGGAGAUCCUCGCGGUGCUUGAGGAAACCGUGGCAAAGUACGAAGACAGAGUGGAGCAAUCCGAGCGUUCAGAGCUGGAGAUCUGCCGCCAGAGGAGGCUGCUCGAUGCCGUGAUGAAGCCCGUAGUCCGGCUGCACAGAGCAGACUUCCUGCAACUGGUGGUGAUUAAAGAAGAGGAUCCCACUGAGCAGCAGCAGUGGGGCCCCCUUGUGGACCAGGAAGACCAAGAGCCCCCCCACAUUAAAGAGGAGGAACCGUGGACUAAUCAGGAUGGACAGCAGCUUCAAAGACUGGAGGAUUCUGAUAUCAAGUUCACAUGGACUCCUGUCGCUGUGAAGAGUGAAGAAGAUGAAGAGAAACAUAAAUUGUCAAAUCUUCAUCCGCGUGAGAUGAAGGAGAACAGAGCGGACUGUGGAGGACCAGAACCGGCCAGGAACUCAGGUCCUGAUGGAUGCUUACAAACAGGUCCUGAAGACAAGACUGAAGACUCUUCUGAGACUGAAGUCAGUGAGGAUGAUUGGAUGGAGACCAGGGAACCUCAAUCUGGUUUAAAUACAAGAAAUAACAAACACCCUCUAAUUGAUAUGGGAUGUAAGACAGAAAAAAAAAAGUUUAGUUGCCCUGAGUAUGGUGAAAGAUUUACCCAAAGGGGCAGUCUAAAUAUACAUAUGAGGAGUCAUACAGGAGAGAAUCUAGUGAGUUGCUCUGAGUGUGGAAAACGAUUUAGCAGAAAGUCUGAUUUAAGGAGACAUAUGAGCAGUCAUACGGGAGAGAAACCGUUUAGUUGCUCUGAGUGUGGUCAAAGAUUUACCCAAAGGGGCAGUCUAAAUACACAUAUAAGGAGUCAUACGGGAGAGAAACCGUUUAGUUGCUUUGAGUGUGGUAAAAGAUUUACCCAAAGGGGCAAUCUAAAUAUACAUAUGAGGAGUCAUACGGGAGACAAACCGUUUAGUUGCUCGAAGUGUGGUGAACAAUUUACUAAAAGGGAAGAUCUAAAUAUACAUAUGGUGAGUCAUACGGGAGAGAAACGCUUUAGUUGCUCCGAGUGUGAUAAAACAUUUAGUCGAAAUUACCAACUGAAAUUCCAUAUGAGCAUUCAUACCGGAGAGAAUCAAGUUAGUUGCUCUGAGUGUGGUAAAAGAUUUAGCAGAAAGUCUGAUUUAACGAGACAUAUGAUGAGUCAUACCGGAGAGAAACGCUUUAGUUGCUCUGAGUGUGGUAAAAGAUUUAGUCGAAAUUACCAACUGAAAUUACAUAUGAGCAUCCAUACCGGAGAGAAUCUAGUUGGUUGCUCUGAGUGUGGUAACCGAUUCAGCAGAAACUCAGAUUUAACGAAACAUAUGAGGAGUCACAGAGCUUACACAGUCACAGAGUUAGUUGGUUUAGUAUUGGUACGUUUGUUUCCUCUUCGUACUCUAGUCCAGCAGGGGUCGCUUCUGGCUCGGAGCUCGGAGUUCGGAGUCUUUGUUUUCCUCCCGCUGGCUCCCUCUGUUCACUCCGAGACACAAAGUGCUUAUAAAAGAAGGAACAUGUCCGCCGUGCAGUUGCUGCGGGUGUCGGUACAUGAGCGGAUCAGCGCUGCCGCUGAAGACUUUAUGCUGCAGGUGGAGAAAGGAGGAGGAAAGGAUCAAGUCCCGUCGCUGAUAGCGAUGCUGACCGAGCGGCUAAUGGCGGCGGCUGAGGAGAUCCUCGCGGUGCUUGAGGAAACCGUGGCAGAGUACGAAGACAGAGUGGAGCAGUCCGAGCGUUCAGAGCUGGAGAUCUGCCGCCAGAGGAGGCUGCUCGAUGCCGCGAUGAAGCCCGUAGUCCGGCUGCACAGAGCAGACUUCCUGCAACUGGUGGUGAUUAAAGAAGAGGAUCCCCCUGAGCAGAAGCAGUGGGGCCCCCUUGUGGACCAGGAAGACCAAGAGCCCCCCCACAUUAAAGAGGAGGAACCGUGGACUAAUCAGGAUGGACAGCAGCUUCAAAUACUGGAGGAUUCUGAUAUCAAGUUCACAUUGUCUCCUGUCGCUGUGAAGAGUGAAGAAGAUGAAGAGAAACAUAAAUCGUCAAAUAUUCAUCCGAGUGAGAUGAAGGAGAACAGAGCGGACUGUGGAGGACCAGAACCAGCCAGGAACUCCGGUACUGAUGGACGCUUACAACCAGGUCCUGAAGACAAGACUGAAGACUCUUCUGAGACUGAAGUCAGUGAGGAUGAUUGGAUGGAGACCAGGGAACCUCAAUCUGGUUUAAAUACAAGAAAUAACAAACACCCUCUAAUUGAUAUGGGAUGUAAGACAGAAAAAAAAAAGUUUAGUUGCCCUGACUGUGGUGAAAGAUUUACCCAAAGGGGCAGUCUAAAUAUACAUAUGAGGAGUCAUACAGGAAAGAAACCCUUUAGUUGCUCCGAGUGUGGUAAUAGAUUUACCAAAAGGGGCAACCUAAAUACACAUAUGAGGAGUCAUACGGGAGAGAAACCGUUUAGUUGCUCUGAGUGUGGUCAAAGAUUUACCCAAAGAAGCAGUCUAAAUACACAUAUGAGGAGUCACACGGGAGAAAAACCGUUUAGUUGCUCUGAGUGUUGUAAAAGAUUUACCCAAAGGGCCAGUCUAAAUAUACAUAUGAGGAGUCAUACAGGAGAGAAACCGUUUAGUUGCUCUGAGUGUGGUAAAAGAUUUACCAAAAGGGGCAGUCUAAAUACACAUACGAGGAGUCAUACAGGAGAGAAACGCUUUAGUUGCUCCGAGUGUGAUAAAACAUUUAGUCAAAAUUACCAACUGAAAUUCCAUAUGAACAUCCAUACCGGAGAGAAUCAAGUUAGUUGCUCUGAGUGUGGUAAAAGAUUUAGCAGAAAGUCUGAUUUAACGAGACAUAUGAUGAGUCAUACGGGAGAGAAACCCUUUAGUUGCUCUGAGUGUGGUAAAAGAUUUUUUCGAAAUUACCAACUGAAAUUACAUAUGAGCAUCCAUACCGGAGAGAAUCUAGUUAGUUGCUCUGAGUGUGGUAAACGAUUCAGCAGAAACUCAGAUUUAACGAAACAUAUGUGGAGUCACAGAGCUUACACAGUCACAGAGUUAGUUGGUUUAGGCUAGGCUAUAUCGCGGAAAUGUUACGGGCACUGAGCAACGACAUGGUUCAAGCAUUCGAUUUAGACAGCGUCUCUCCUCAGGACAUGAAAACAUUCUGUAACGUUUUAGCUAGACCUCAGAUAAUAUGAACGUGUUCACCAUUCAAAUGAGUUAUUUCUCAUUAAGUUGCAUUCAGUUCAUCGUUCUCAUAAAAAUGAAUGUGUUCAAUGAACGCGUUCUUAGGGUGCAUCAAAUUGCAAUGCAAAAUUAAAUCUCAACAUAUCAAACCGUCUGGGGUUGCAUUUUGUUUGAACACACACAAAAAUUGCUUUUGCUAAGUUUUGAGGAAAUUCAUUGAGAUUUAGAGGUGUAACACAAUGUGAAAAAUAUGAAACUGGGCCGUUUUGUGUGUUCUCCUAGUAAAGUGUAAUCAAUUAAAUAAACUUAACCAGUGGUGGAAUAAGAAUUCAGAUCAUUCACUGAAGUAAAAGUACAGAGACAGUAAAAUCAUUUUUUUUUAUAAGUAAAAUUACGAAGACCGUGAAGAAAGAAAUACCCAAUAAUAAAUUCAUAGUUAACUGUUUCAAAUCGAGAAUUAAUAAACCCUCCUUUGUCUUUUUUCAUCAGUUUUAACAAUGUCAUUUCUCUAAAAAAUAUAACUCAUUGAAUAACACAAAAGAAUUGUGUUGAUAUUUCUUGUUUCGACUGAUUUGAUUUAUGCCUCAUAUAUAUACAUUUUUGUUUUCAUAAUGUCUUUGUGUCUUUUUAUGGUUGAAAUGUUUUCCUUGCACAGUAUGUAUAUGUAUGUUCUUGACUAGUUCUAGUCCUGACGAGAACCAAGAAAAGAGAGCACAUUUCUCCAGUAUUAGCAUCGCUACACUGGCUUCCGUUUAAAUCUAGAAUAGAAUUUAAAAUUCUCCUCCUCACCUUCAAGGCCCUUAAUAAUAUGGCGCCAUUUUACCUUAAAGAGCUGUUAGUACCCUAUCAACCCACUAGAGAACUCCGCUCCCAGUCUUUUUUGAUAAGUUUUAACAUUUUCAUGUCCCUAGAAAAUAUAACUCAUUGACUAACACAAAAGAAUUGUGUUGAUUUUUCUUGUUUCUCCUGAUUUGAUUUUUGUCUCAUAUAUAUAUAUAUAUAUAUAUAUAUAUAUAUAUAUAUAUCAUAAUGUUUUCAUGUCUUUUUAUGGUUGAAAUGUUUUCCUUGCACAGUAUGUAUAUGCAUGUUCUUGACUAGUUCAUAUGAUUAAAUAUGUUUGUUUUGAAUGAC